AUGACCACGCCGACCAUGGCCCAGCCCACGGCCAUCCACGCCAACGGCACCUCAGAAUCUCCCAGCCUCGACAAAGCGCAACCUGUCGCUCCGGGAAAGCGAAAACGCGAGACGGAAGAAAUGGAAGACCGCGAUGAAGACAAUGCAUCCGACGAGCAAAAACCUGCCAUUACCAAUGGAGAGCCCAAAAAGGACCAACGCGACGUGAUAAAAUCUUUCGUUGACGUUCUGAGCAGCUACGACAUCGGUCCCUCCAUCCUCAAGCGCCCCUUGCCUGAAUCCUCUGAUGAUGAGCACGAUGAACACCGACCCAAGCGUCAAAAGUCGACCGAUCUGACUACCAUCUCCGAGAAGGCUGCCGCAAAUGCUUACGAGGAUCUAGACCAAGUGGCCAAUGACCUGGUCUCGGCUCUCCAAGCCGCUCUUAAGGAGAUCAAGACAAAGCCAGCUGAUGAUGAAAAGCAAGCGACCAACGAGGAAUUGAGAGCGCAAAUCUCGGACUUUAAGGAGAAGGCCAUGCAACUUCUUCGACGAGAAAAGGCUUACCCGAAAACUUCGGCCGACCCUCUUGCAGUCGAGGCAAAACUUCCGCCAUCUCCUCAGAAGGGAGAGUUGGUCCUGUCCCUUGUUGCAUAUGCACCCCAGGAGAGAAGGCUGUUCUCUAGUCUCCCAAUUUCCGAUGAAGCCAAACUGCGUGAUGUGCCCUUACCCCAGGGAAUGUCAUUAACUCAUGUUAUGCCAACAACGCCUCAUGAGCGAACACAGACUCUUGGAGAUUUGUUCUCGUCGCCAAAGAACCUGCCGCCUCUGCAGCCACCUAAGCAGCCUAAGACGCAAGCUAAGGGCAACGUGCUGGACUUUUAUCGACCAGAACUGACAGAUACCUCCAAGUUCCGAAGUGCGUCAUACUUCACAACCAAAUUGACUGCUGGAUGUUACCUCGACUACAGUAAUGCGACUCCUUCAUCACAAACCAUCACCAAGCAACGAGAACGUGCGCAAAGUCUAGCGGGAAAGCGACCCUCAACCACUGAAAUUGAACUGCACGAGAUGGAAUCACUCUUCCGAGGCGCCUUUUCUAGCUUCGCACCGUGCAAGGAUGAUUCUGGAGCUGUUGUGCCGUCGAGUGUUGCGGGCCGAAUGUGGUGGCAGCAGUCGGGCCACCGAUCUUUCCAGAACAUGAUUGAGGUCGAAUAUUAUGGUGGUGCUGACAGUGACGAAAAGGCCGAGAAGGAUGAGGCUAUGGACAUCGACGAGAAGGCUAUCCAAGAAGCCAUUGAUAAUUGGGAUGAAUCUGUUGUUGAUCCAUCACUCGAAGAGGCUCUGGGCACAAAGCGGGCGGAUGAGGAGAAGGAAGUCGACGAGAUUUUGGAAGAGGUCAGCGACAUGAUUGAGACCCUGUCUUCUUACCAACGCAUCCGAAACCUUAACCUCCCCAACUCGCAAAACCGCUCGUCAAGCGACCCAGUCAAUGGCGAUAUGCUGGCUACUCCUGGACCUACUCCUUCAGAAGGCGAGCAAGCCACAUAUGAGAUGCUUAAGGCGCAGCUUGCUCUGAUCAUCAAGACACUACCGCCAUAUGCAGUCGCCAAGCUGAAUGGAGACCAGUUGGAAGAUCUUCUCAUCAGCACCAAGGUUCAAGUCCAAACCGACAAGUACAAGGGAGUUAUGGAGGAGGAUGAGGCGGGCGUUCAGGCUCGGUUGAGAGCCCAGCAACAAGCUGCUCAGGCCAAUGCUCGGCCACCCCCUCAACGUACACCUAGUGUAUCUGGAGUUUCUUAUGGGCAUCAUACUCCCCAGGCCCAGUACGCAACCCCUCAACGAACCCCCUCUAUGCAACAACAGCAAUACUAUCGACCUGGGCCUACGCCCGGCUUCACACCUGCACCACGACCUAUGCCCACUCAACCCAGACCUCCUCAACCCAAUCAGUAUUCUCGACCCAACGGUUAUCCUGCUCAAUAUGCCACACAGGUUGCUAAAGCUCAAACUCCCUAUGGCCACCAAAACAUGCCUCAGUAUGCUUCUCAGCCAAGACCUCAGUUUGGACAGAUGCAGGCUCAGCAAGGAACCCCUAAUGCGCGGUUCGCUUUCCAACCAGGCUAUCCACAGCAACAAGCCGCUACACCCUCACAACCCAACUUUGGGGCUUACACUAACGGUCAAGCUGUGCCGCAGCGCACGAUGUCUCCUCAGGUUAAUAGACAGGCCUAUAGUGCCUCGCCUAAUGUGCAGGUGCCUCCGCGAUAUGGUACGCCGAAUCAGGCUGUGGGCAAUCAAAUGAACAGGUACCCGAGCAACCCCCCUCAACAAGGAACGCCUGCUCAGAACCCUGGACUUACAGGAUACCACACCGUUAUACCUGAAGCGCAACAGCAGCGGAUUCUCGAACAAGCCAAAGCCAGGGUGGCGGCUCAAGAGCGGUCUACUAUGUUCGCUGACAAGAUCACUCAGCCUGGUACUCCUGGUUUUGGCCAAGGAGGGACUAUGGAUCCCAGCCGACUUGCAGCUGCACGGGCAAGUAUUGCUUCUCAGCAAAAGCCUCCGACCCCCAAUUCUCAGCGAUCGAGUAUGAGCGGGACGCCAGGACCACCGCCACCUCACAAGGUGACUCCUGUUCCUGUCCCACCGAUCCCAGGCAUGCAGCAGAAGCCAUUGUAA